UUGGCGCAGUUGAUCGACUUUGCAAUGAAAUGGCCUCAUAUUUGGGCUGCAGAUGUGUUUGCUUUCAUAACACGGAAAACGAUUAUCUGCAGAAAACGCAUUGUCAAAGGUGCUUCUAUGAGAAACGGGAUAUGUGGCAACCAGAGAGGAAUUAUUGUGUCUGAUAAUGGAAAGCCAUAUGAAAGUUACCCUACUUUAGCCCACGAAAUAGCCCACACGAUGGGUGUUCCUCAUGACGGUGAAGGCAGCUCCCAGGGUUGUCCAGCGAUUCAAGAAGCAGCAAGCGGAUGUCGAUACAGGAGAUAUAAUGGCGUGCCUGCUGCCCACUCUAGGGGCGAGAGGGCCUCUUUGAGGCAUUGA